AUGACUAAGGAGAAUGGAAAGGGGUGGAAGAAGGAGCUUCCUAUAGCUCUGUGGGCUCAUAGAACAGCCAAAUCACAAGCUACAAGAGUUUCACCCUUUUCUCUAGUCUAUGGCAUAGAGGUUGUUAUCCUAAUAGAUCUAGUAAGGCUAGCGGUGAAACUGGCAGAGAUUGGAGGAAUACCUAGAGAAGACACUAUGGAAAUUAUGGAGGAAAUGUGUGAUAAUGUUACCUCUCAUAACCGCCUUUACCAGGCUAACAUGAAAGUUAGGAAGGCCAAGUUAAAGAAAGAAAGUUUCAAGUGGGAGAACUUGUUUGGAAAGCUGCCCUGCAUGUACGAGGAGUUGCUGGAGCUGCUAAACAUAAGUUUUCUCCAAAAUGGGAAGGACCAUACAUAG